CUUUCUUACACUGGAGGUUUCGAUGAUAAAUCUACACUUGUCAAUUUUGUUUCAUUGUUUUCUCCUCCACUUUCAUUCUAUAUAAACAAGUAUGGUCAUUGGGUUUCUAGCAUCCAAUCUUCAUCAUCUAGCUAGAAUAUCAGAGUAAAUCUCAAGUUUAAGAUUCCACCAGAAGAAAAAAAAUAAAAUAAAAGUUUGAAGAAAGCUUGAUAGAUGGAAGAACAAAGUGAAAGAGGAAGAGGAAGAGGAAGAGGAAGAGGAAGAGGAAGGCGAACGGGAAGGGGAAGAGAAACACACCCUUAUAGAUGUACAAGAGCUAAUGCUAGUCAAGUAGUGGAUGAAACAGCUCCUAGACGCCAUGCACGUCCCAGGCGCCUACCACUAGAUGGAAAUUGUGCAAACCCACAACAACCUCAAGCAGAAACCCUUGUGACAAACCCUAUGCAGUCUGCACCACCAAAUGAUAGUGUUAGCCCUAUAAAGCCCUGCUGCUUGAAAAACAAAGGGCAUUGCGAAAAUUACAGUAAUUUUAUCGAAAGCGGAUUGCCUCAGCGUGUUCUGAUUUUCUGUGUCAAUGAGUGGGUUGAUUUUCCUGAAAGACCAAAGAAUUCUUUGAUUGAAGCGUUUCAGAAUGGAAAGUCUGCAAAUAUUGUAGUUAUCAAUGGAUCAAGAUACUUAAUCGAUUUCGUCAACAUGGUUCUUAUCAAUCUAGAAGAUAAGACUCAGAAAUCAAUUGGGUGGAUUGACAAAGCUAAGAACUGUUUCUUUCCUAAGUUUGUCAUUGAUGGAGGUGUUAUAGCAAGAACUGGAAUAGAGCAAAUUAUUGCACAGUACAGUAGUGGUGGUUCAAAUAUGUUAAUGCCUCAAAAUGGCAACAAAAAUUCCAUUGAUGAUGUUGAUGAUGAGACUCCCAUGGUCAAUAAAGUGACCAUUGUAGACAAUGGAGGCCCAAGCCAAGAUGUGCCCAUGAGUUUCUGCAUUGAUUCCUUAUUAUCUCAAAGAGGGGAGGAAGUGGAUAAAAAUAGUGAAUACUACUUUGAUGUGCAGAACUCUUUCAUGUCAGGAUUAGGGAAAUUUGUGGAUCCAGGUUGCAUUUUGGGAGUUUACCAGUAUAAACCAGUGAGCUUCCCAGCUCUAGCUCAAAGUUUGGCAUUCCAGCAACAGGUGAAACGCAUAAGAAAGUUCAGAGGACACUCCAAUGUUUGCCGUGCAUGGUUUGGUGCUUCCAAGCAGGGUAUAACCAACAUUGUUCUUCAUGGCUUUGGGUCUUGUAUCAACUCACUUGAAGGUAUUUCUUGUGGCAAUGGUCUUUAUCUAAAUUCAAAAGGAAACUCCUACCUCAGUGCAAAGAAUAGCAAAGUUGAUGAAAAUGGCAAUCAAUACAUAUUAUUGUGCAAAGUAAUAAUGGGGCGCAUGGAGAAAAUAAAACCAGGAUCAGCUCAGUGGCACCCAAGUUCUGAUGCUUUUGAUAGUGGUGUUGAUAACCCACUGAAUCCAAAAACUUAUGUCAUAUGGGCUUCUAAUAUUAAUCUUCACAUAAUACCAGAGUGCAUUGUGGCUUUUCAUCUUUCUCCAACCUGCAGAGAUUACCUUGCUGGGCUCAACACCAAUCAUGAUAUGGAUGGAGCACUUAGGUUUACAAAAAAAACUUAUUUGUGGAGUGAUUACAUUGUACACACUCUUCAGCUGCCUCCAGAGGCAGUGCCAUUCUCAACAAAGAUUUCAAUUCUCAAGCUAUUUGCUAAAGCUCGUGGGACCAUACCUCCUAUAGGAAGAGCCAUAUUAGACAAACAGUUUCAUGAUUUCAGGUGCAAGUUAAUUGACAAAGAUCAGCUGCUUAUGAAGAUGAAGGAGACUGUGGGUGACCAAUUGUUGGCCAUAUUGAAGAAUAUGGAAAACAAGUAGUCGUUUCAGAUGAUUUAGACAUCUUUAAAACUGAAAGUAAUAAAGAACUCAAGGGCUUUGUUUCAAAUUUAUGCUUUUGGAACUUUAAUAAUCAGUAAGACUUUAUUUGUAGUAUUGGCUCCCUUCUGAUGACAAUGCCAAAGGUGAGGUCUACUACUUGUUUUGUGGUUGUAUUCGUUUGGGUAUGUCCAAUCGUUAAUCUUUGUAAA